GGCGGGGACGGCGGCGCCGGUCGGAUCGCGGAGCUGCGCGCAUAGCGGGUCCCGGCGCCCUCCCCGCACACAAAGGCCCGCGCGCGUCCGGCGCCCGCGGGGGUCCCAGUGCCCUCCUGCCUGCUCGGCGGGCCUCGACCUGCGAGGAUUCAGGAGGCGCCCUCUCUCUCCUCUCUCUGCGCUCCGGAAUAUGGAACCGCGCCGACGCGGCGCCCACUUGCCCGGGCCGCUGCCCACUGCCCUGGAUCUAUAGUCAAGCGGCCCCUCUCAGGGAGCAGCACCCGCCACCCCACACCGACUCGCCUAUCCGCUGCGGGCCUUUGUCCCAGCCCAGCGCCCCCGCCGCGCCCGCUCUCCGCGGCUGGCCCGGCACCCUGGAGCCGCACGGGAGCCGGCCGUCCCAGCUGCGUCCGGCGCGGCGCCCCGGAGCCCCGAGUCCGCCGAGCCGCCGCGCCCCGCGCGUUCGACCCCACCCCGCGCGCUGAGGGCCGCGCAGGGCAAGCGCACCUGGCCUCGGCGACCGCUGGAGCGGCGCGGCGCGUCCGCCCCGGAGGAUUGGGGGUCGCGGCCCGUGGCCGGUCCCAUCGCGACCCGGAGUGCGCAGAACUGGGAGCUGCUUGGCCAUGGCCAUGGCCCGGUCCAGGAGGGACUCGGUGUGGAAGUACUGUUGGGGACUUUUGAUGGUUUUAUGCAGAACUGCGAUCUCCAGAUCGAUAGUUUUAGAGCCUAUCUACUGGAAUUCCUCGAACUCCAAAUUUCUACCCGGACAAGGCCUGGUACUAUACCCACAGAUAGGAGACAAAUUGGAUAUUAUUUGCCCCAAAGUGGACUCUAAAACUGUUGGCCAGUAUGAAUAUUAUAAAGUUUAUAUGGUUGAUAAAGACCAAGCAGACAAAUGCACUAUUAAGAAGGAGAAUACCCCCCUGCUCAACUGUGCCAGACCAGACCAAGAUGUGAAAUUCACCAUCAAGUUUCAAGAAUUCAGCCCUAACCUCUGGGGUCUAGAAUUUCAGAAGAACAAAGAUUACUACAUUAUAUCUACAUCAAAUGGGUCUUUGGAGGGCCUGGAUAACCAGGAGGGAGGGGUGUGCCAGACAAGAGCCAUGAAGAUCCUCAUGAAGGUUGGACAAGAUGCAAGCUCUGCUGGAUCAACCAGGAGAAACGAUCCAACAAGACGUCCAGAGCUAGAAGCUGGUACCAACGGGAGAAGUUCAACCACAAGUCCCUUUGUGAAACCAAACCCAGGUUCCAGCACUGACGGCAACAGCGCGGGGCAUUCCGGGAACAAUCUCCUGGGUUCCGAAGUGGCCUUAUUCGCAGGGAUCGCAUCAGGGUGCAUCAUCUUCAUCGUCAUCAUCAUUACCUUGGUAGUACUGCUGCUCAAGUACCGCAGGAGGCACCGCAAACACUCUCCACAGCACACGACCACGCUGUCACUCAGCACACUGGCCACACCCAAGCGAGGUGGCAACAAUAACGGCUCGGAACCCAGUGACGUUAUCAUACCGCUAAGGACUGCAGACAGCGUCUUCUGCCCACAUUACGAGAAGGUCAGCGGGGACUAUGGGCACCCAGUGUACAUCGUGCAGGAGAUGCCCCCACAGAGUCCUGCCAACAUUUACUACAAGGUCUGAGGCCUGGGACCUGCGCCUCCCAAGGGAACUCGCGCCUUGUUGUGGGCGCAGGGACUUCCUGAGCCUGGCUGUGGGGGCGGGGUGCCUCCUGGAAGAGCCUGGAGCUGGACAGUUUUGUAGUCUGUAGCUUUUCGGCCUUGGGGAACCACAGACCCUCCCCGGAAGCUGGAAGACUGCUAGGAGAUUCCCACUUGGACUGCCGCGUUCCCUCGCGGACCUCCAAGCCAUGCACCCAGCCUCUCAGGCAUCUGCAGAGCCCGGGGAGGACACGGUAGGCUAUGGAAGGCGCAGCAGCAUCUUAGAAGGCCGUGCACCAGGCCGGCCCCUGCCUCCAUGUUUCCUGCUGUGCACGCUGGACUUGUCACUCGGACCUCGGGCUCAGUAAGGUUUUCAAAAAGAUCUCUAGCGUUUAGUCCUUACUCACUCCUUCUGUUGCCAGGGCUCCGACACCUCCCCAGACCCCUCACCACAUUCUGCAUCAUUAAGGGACCCUCACCGCAGAGUCCCGGCUCCACACUUUACACCAAGAUCAAAUUAGAUGGGUAUUAGGUACAGAGUCCUGCUUUUCUGGAGUCUCGGUCAGCCGGGAAGCCUGGGAGGUGUGGAGACUGGGAAGGGUGCCGGCUUCCACUGGCUUCCAGCCACUGCAGGUCAAGGCUGCUGCCCCUGGAGCAUAGUGUCGGGAAGCCAGAAGGAAACGAUAGAUGGUGCUUUGGUUUUACCGAAAGAGGCAGGUGGGAGACCACAGACUGUGGUAAGUGGUGCCCAACUCACCGUCACACGGCUAGGCAGCAGGGAAUCAAAAAAUUCCUCUCCCGCUGUGGAACGGAGGGGUCAUUUGUUGUGAUAGGACCAGCCAGAGCACAGAGGGAGAGGACAGGCCUCUGGCGAAGUCCUGGGGCAGGACUGUUGAGGUACUGGCAAUAAAAAAAUAAAAUAAAGCGCAGCCCUGGAGCUGCAGGAGAGUCCGUCUGCUUUGGGAGAUGGUCUAAGCAGACUCAGCUGCUAUAUUACCCCAUUUUAUUAAACACAGGGAAAGCAUUUAGGAGAUUAGCAGAGAGCCAAAUCUGACCUACAAGUUGAAAAGCCAAAGGUCAAACAGGCUGUAAGUCCAUCACCACUGAGGUUAUUGGGGAAUUCUCAUUAGGAAAGGUAGGUCAGAUCCCCCCUCCCCAGUCCCCAUAAGUGCCCCUCCCCCUCCCCGAUUGAGCCUUACACUUUGGUUUUUGGUUUAUGGCCGGCCGUGCUGUCCGGGCUGUGAGGCUGUACCCGGGCUCCGUUGUCAAAGCAAAGCACACAUGGCCCAUGUCUAAGAGUUCUUAAGAUGGAAGUAAGUUAUGAUGUCGAGGGGAAGGAGGGAGAUAGGACAUAUUUAUAUUAGGUGUAUAGAACACAAGGGAUAUAAAAUGAAAGAUUUUUUACUAAUAUAUAUUUUAAGAUUACACUCAAUACACACCAGGAGAUGUGGGAUUUCAUUAGCCGUGGCGAUUAAAGCGAUCCCAGCCCUUAGUGCUUUACAGAGUUAACGAUUGGAUAGCUACUUCUGAGAGAAGCUGUGUCACCCCAAAAAGUUAUCAGUAACAAGAGCAGAAGACAAAAAUAACAAAGUCCCGCAGACAUCUCACGGAACUGUAGACGAGGAAUGCCAGCCCCCAAACGCCAGGAUAUCGGUGCACUGUGCCCUAUGUUAGACAAGGGGGCUGGCCAUCACUGUCUGUGUUGGGUUUUCCCUUGCCCUAUGGGCUGAAGUGUUCUCUGGAAUCCAGCAGGUCACACUGAGGGAGUUACAGUUGAAAGUUUAGCUGUGGGUCCCUCCUCUCCUGUUCCUAUCCCUGCCCUUCCAGAAGAAUAAACAGGAAGCAGGAAGCCUACUUUUUUUUUAUGUGCUAUGCAAAAUAGACAUCUUUAACAGAGUCCUGUUACUAUGGUAACAUUUUGCUUUCUGAAUUGGGAGGAGAAAAAAAAAAUUGUAACGACAGCAUUUGAAGGUUCUCAGACCUCCAGUGAGUACCUGUAACAAUGAGUUGUCACAGAAAUCAUUCCCUGCUUCCCAAACCUGAAAAUGAUGUUGGUUCAAUGUAUGUGUAUGUGUGAGUGGGUGUGUGGUACACGUGUGUACAUAUAUGUAUAAUAUAUAUCUCCAGUAUAUAUUAUAUAUAUCUAUAUCAUAUUUCUGUGGAGGGUUGCCAUGGCGAUCAGCCACAGUACAUAUGUAAUUCUUUCCGUCACCCCAGCCUCUCCUGUGCAUUCAUGCAAGAUUUUCUGGUAAGCCAUCAAAAGUCGUAGGAACGGGGAGGGAGAGGGACGAGGAGGGGAGACAUGGGAAGCCGUCUGAUUUUAAUGAAAUCAAAUGUCUGUGUCAUCAGUUGGCUACAUUUUUUUGGUCCUAUGCUAAACUGUGAAAAAUCAGAUGAAUUGAUGAAGAGUUACCCUGUGCGUCUGUUUUGUGUCUGGUGCAGAAGAUGACAAUCUACCAACUGUCCCCUUAUUUGGAGUUGGUUCAGCUUUGGAAAAGUUACUGUAAAUGCCUUGCUUGUAUUCCCAUCCCGGUCACCUGACUUGGGAGCUUGCACCAUCCUGUGUAAGGGAAGAUGCUGUAAAUAGGUGGGUCAGAUCUUACCGUCUGUGGAUUCGGGGUGUUACAGUAGCCUUACUCACCUUUUUAAUAAAAAUACACAUGAAAACAAGACAGAAAUGGCUUUUCUUACCCAGAUUGUGUACAUAGAGCAAUGUUGGUUUUUUAUAAAGUCUAAGCGAGAUGUUUUGUAUAAAAUCUGAAUUUUGCAAUGUAUUUAGCUACAGCUUGUUUAACGGCAGUGUCAUUCCCCCUUUGCACUGUAAUGAGGAAAAAAAAUGGUAUAAAAGGUUGCCAAAUUGCUGCAUAUUUGUGCCGUAAUUAUGUACCAUGAAUAUUUAUUUAAUUUCGUUGUCCAAUUUGUAAGUAACACAGUAUUAUGCUUGAGUUAUAAAUAUUUUUUUCUUUGUUUUAUUUUAAUAGCCUGUCAUAGGUUCCAAAUCUGCUUUUAGUUCCACAUGACAGUUAGCCCAGAAAAUGAGAUCCGAGCAGUCACAUUCCACGUCUGUUUCAAACUGAAUUUGUUCUUAAAAAAAUAAAAUACUUUUUUCCUAUG